AUGGCUCAACGAGGCGAGGCCGCCGACUACUACAAUGGCGCGUCCCAGCAAAACAACAACUAUCAGAUGCAACAACCGGCGAACUACCCACAACAGCCGCCGCAGUACGGUGACAAUGCAAAGUAUGGGCCGCCUUCCGGACCCCCACCACCGAAUGGACAGCAAUGGGGAGGAGAGAAGCCAAAUUUCGAUCAGGCGUUCAAGGUUGAAAAGCCCAAGUUCAAUGACAUCUGGGCUGGCCUUUUGCUCAUCGCUGUCUUUCUAGGGUACGCGGCGGUCUCGGGCAUCGUGCUUCACGGGUAUUCGGAGACAAUUGACUUCAAUGGAGGAAUCUACGGGAGCAAGAAUACGUUUGGGUUGGACAGCAACACGAUCAUCCUGUUUGCGUUCGUUCUGGUCAUGGCCAUGAUACUCAGCUAUGCCUAUAUGUGGUGCGCGCGCGCGUUUACCAAACAAUUCAUCUGGAUUACGGGCAUCCUAAACAUCGUCUUCGGUUUCGUCACCGCCAUCUAUAUGCUCUCGCGCAAGUACUGGUCCGGCGGUAUCGUCUUUCUUCUCUUCUCCGUUUUUUACGUCUUCUGCUUCAUCAGCUGGAUUCCGCGCAUACCUUUCUCGGUCCUAAUGCUCCAAACGACCAUCGAUGUGUCCAAGAAAUUCGGACAUGUCUAUAUCGUGUCCCUAAUCGGAGGGAUCCUCGCCGCCGCGUUUGGCGCGUGGUAUUCGGUGACCUUGGUCGCUGUCUAUGUGAAAUAUGAACCUGGCAGGAACCCAGCGUGCAACACGGGCGCUGGAGGCUGCAGCUCGGCCAAGGUGAUCGGCCUGGUCGUCUUCGUCACGUUUGCGAUGUACUGGAUAUCAGAGUGGCUCAAAAACACUAUUCACGUCACGAUAUCAGGUGUCUAUGGCUCUUGGUACUUCAUGGGAAACAACAACUUUCCCAAGGGAGCUACCCGCGGCGCGCUCAAACGGUCCCUUACAUACAGCUUCGGCAGCAUCAGUCUGGGAAGUCUUAUUGUGGCUAUUAUACAACUCCUCAGGCAAAUUUGCUCGGCUGCACAACAGAGCGCAUCGCAGGACGGUAACAUUGUCGGUACCAUUGUGUUCUGCUGCUUGCAGUGCUUGAUCGGCCUUCUGGACUGGGCCGUGCAGUUCUUGAACCGCUACGCAUUCUCGUACAUUGCAUUGUAUGGCAAGUCCUAUGUCGCAGCAGCGAAGGAUACUUGGAAAAUGAUCAAGGACCGCGGAAUCGACGCGCUCGUGAACGAAUGCCUCAUCGGACCGGUCCUGAGCAUGGGUGCCUUCUUUGUCGCCUACUCGUGUGCGCUGCUUGCGUAUCUAUAUCUGCUCUUCACGUCCCCAGCCUACAACAGUACGGGCACAUACACGCCGGUCGUUGUUGCAUUUGCGUUUGUCAUCGGACUGCAAAUCUGUCAGAUCUUCACGACGCCGCUAAGCAGCGGCCUGGACACAAUCUUUGUUGCGAUGGCUUGGGACCCGGAGGUACUGAUGAGGGAUCACCCAGAUCUGUACCACCAGAUGGUCGCUGUAUAUCCGCAUGUUCAGCAGGCGAUUCAUGCGUAG